AUGUGCUUUGAUAGCGUUGGACAGGUCACGAACCAGCUGCUCGGUCUCUAUACUCUUCAAACCAUAUCAACUCCACCCGAGCUGGUCAUCACUUACAUCGGCUUGCACUCAUUGUUUUUGGCGUGUGCUAGAACCCUAACGUGUCCAGAACGCCGAGCCAGAUACCUGGAGGAAGCCAACUCGUGUCAGGAAAUUGCCGAUGUCGUACUCGCCCGGCUCCCUCUCCAUCUGCCGACGACAGUCGAGUGCGUACUCGCUAUGACCAUGGCGGUGAGUUGUCAUGUCCAUCUACUUCCCUCAAACAGGCACAUAUUUACAGAUGAUUUUCAGGCAGAAUACUGCAUCUCCCAGUGCAAGACCGUGACGGCGUGGACUUACGUCAGCGUGGCCUCACGAAUGAGCCAAGCUCUAGGACUGCAUCGAGUGGCAUGCGAAAAGACUGAGAGCUUCAGUACCGAGGCCCGGCAAAAUUCGAAGCUUUUCUGGUCGCUUUACAUCAUCGAGAAGAAUCUCUCGCUUCAGCUUGGCCGGUCAUCAACUAUCAAUGAUCACGACCUCACCCUCCCGCUGCGAGAUGUCCGACUCGGCUACGAAUGGGGAAGCACGCUUGGUAUCCUAUCUUCCACGUGGCUACAACUAGCACAGAUCGAGGGGCGAGUGUACGAGGAACUUUACAGCCCACUUGCAUUGACGUUGGAUCAAGAGGAGAGGGUUGCUCGAGCAGCGACCCUCUUGGCAGAUGUACAGAGGAUUACGGACGAGGGGGAUCAGCCGAACGUGAGUUUUUAUGCGGAUUCUGUGACUUGCUCUGGUUCACUUACUGGCGUUUCAUCACAGACACGAUUUAUGAGAGAGCGGCGAAAAGUCCUCGGAGGACAGCUCGACGAUUUGCUAACGCGAUGUGACCAUGUAUCACACCUAUCAUUCGUGUGCCUCAUCCAUCGCAGCGUCACCCUAGGGAGCACUUCCUUUUCCGAAGAAUGCAUCUCCACGGCCAGAGAAGCGCUAAAGCAGUACACGGAAACCAUGUCUCUAGAGGGAACGCAAGACGCAUUUCUCUUCGAACUGUGCACCCACUGGUCGAUGCUCGCCGUCACGUCUGCCCCCUUCUUCGUUGUUCUCUGUAAUGCCGUCUGGACGCUCCAAACUGAGGACUUGCGGCUCCUCGGCUCUUUCGUCAAGUCGCUGGAGAGUGCGGAGAGCGAGGAGUCGCCCAGUGCCACGCAUCUCCUGGGCAGCUUUAAGCCCCUACACGACGCCGCCGUACAUUAUUUUGAGCUCAGGCAUGGCCUCGCCCCCCCUGUUGCCGACGCGAGCAUAGAAUCCAUCUCAUUUGGCUCCAUAUACGAUGAUAUGGUUUCUGACAUGGACCAAGAACUCUUUCCUAUGCAAUGGCAGGCGGUUCCCCUGGAUCCGUUCGACCAAACUAGUUUUGGCAUGUAUGGUGGUCGUCCUGGGCAUCCUUAA